AUGAGUGCGAAUCUCGGUAGUGACGAGAUGCCUUCGGCCACGGAAACCCCAGGCGAAAUCUCGUCGUCCGAAGCAGAGCCUAAGCUCUUAGAACCUGAUCCGGAACCAGGCACAACUGAUGAUGGUGACGCGGCGGAAACUCGACCUCUCAUCAUCUGUUUCCACGGUUCAGGCGAGUCGUGCUCGCCGUCGUGGGACGCACUGGCGCACACGCUAACUGCUGUACCUCACCGCCUACGCGUCCUGUUGUACGACCGCGGCAUCCUGAACCCUCGGCCCCCACAAGCUACCGCAGAGCUGAGGGAGUAUCUAAAAAGCGAGGGGUUGAAGGGGCCUUGCGUGCUUGUUGCACAUUCGUACGGCGGCGCGUUUGCGCGGACGUUCUUGGAGCUGGAGGCAGAGAAAGACAAUGGGGGUGAUGGCAAUGUGGAAAUCGUGGGCAUGGUGCUCGUGGAAACAGGCCAAGAAGGCGGUCUCGAUCCCGAGGUAGAAGAAAGCCAAUACGCACUCCGGGUCUUGGGCACGAGGCCCCUGAGUGUAGUGCGCGGGAACUCGCUGCUGAGACAGUGGGCGGAUCUGGAGGCUGCAGAGGCGAGUGUGUCCGCGAAAGACGGGAUGAAGAAGGAGGAUCUGAGACAGAGGCGGGAGAUGCUGAAGAUGUAUGAUGCGGUGGACGAGCAGAUGAAGAAGAAGCAGUUAGACCUUGCUGCGGUGAACGCGAGGAAGCGGUACGUGCAUGUACCGGAUUGUGGACACCAUGUUGUGAGAGAUCGCCCAGACGUGGUGGCUGGCGAGAUCGCGUGGGUGUUAGACAAUGUAGGCAAAGUGGAUAAGGCCGAUGGAGCGGAAGGAAAGGAUAAACGGGAGGAUGGGAAUAAGGGUAAAAAGGGACGGAGAACCUGGGAGACGAAAAUUAAGAGGAUAUGGAAGUUCUGUAGAGAUGUUACGGGAAAGAUAUUUAAUAAGUUGGGAAAAUGA